CAUCAAAUAACGAUAUGCUUCCAAAAUCCCCUGACCUUCGAGCUCUGGCCACUGUCUAGAGUCCAGGUCUAAAAUAAGAACGAAGCAAUUCUGGGCAUUGAUGUGCUUUUAUUAACUAUCAUUAAGUAACUUACUGCUCGUCUCAUUUGUCUGUCUGCCAUUUCUACUUGGCUUAUGGGUGCAAUCACUCUUAAUUACGAUAGAUAUAAUUUACAUCGUGUUACUUCUGUUUGUACAGUUAUUAUAAAGAGAGCAUUCAAGUGUGAAACGUGCAUAUUGUUCACAAAUAUCCUCUGUGUAAUAACACAAAGCACAUCAUCAUCAUUUUGCAAGAAGCUUUUAUUAGUUAUAAACAAUUGCCAGGGACAACAGCACUGUACUCAGAAUUAAGAGUAACAGUCUGGAAUAGGAGAAAAGGAAAUAUCUCCUAAUUUAGUACUAUAAUGCAAGUUACUGCAGCUGUGACAGCAGUUAAAUAAGCUAACUUAACGUUUGUUACUUCCUCCUUUCAACUAAUCCACGAAGUGUUAGUAAAUCCAAAGGGUUUCAACCUCAACUCACGAACACCUUUCAAACAUAUCCUUAGUGGACAUUAUCUAUUCUUAAGUAAAGUUGCUUCUUUGAAGUUCGCCAUUGGACAGUAUCUGUCAGCCUGGAUACAUGCACGAUGGAGAUUCCAGUAUUUACGCUGGAUGCCUUCACUAAUCUACCAUUCAAAGGAAACCCCGCAGCAAUAUGUCCACUCAUGCAUGAGCUGAGUGAUGAUUUGUAUCAGAAGAUAGCAGUGGAGAUGAACCUAUCAGAAACUGCUUUCAUCACCAGGAUCAACCCCUCUGAUGAUUUCACUACAGGAUCAAGGUUUCGCCUCCGAUGGUUUACACCAACCACUGAAGUGAAUCUGUGUGGUCAUGCUACUCUGGCCUCUGCAGCAGUGCUGUUCCAGCAUAAGAAGAAUGUGAAUCCUGUACUGGUGUUUGAGACCAAGAGUGGAGAUCUGGCUGUUACCAAGCAGGGGGACAGUUACGUCAUGGACUUUCCUCUCAACCCACCCACCCAGGAGGAUCCCAAUGAGUUCAGAGACAUCAUCAAGGCGGCAGUUGGAAACCACCCAGUUCAGGAUGUUCACCUGAGCUCCAACACUAAGAAACUGAUGGUUCGACUGGCUGACAGCUGUGACAGGUCAGUGCUAACCAGUCUGAAAGUUGACCCUGUCUCUCUUCAGAGCAGUGAGAGGAGUGGAAGAGUCAAAGGGCUGAUCCUCACCAUGAAAGGGUCUCCAGACUGCCAGCCGGGAUACGACUUCUACUCCAGAUACUUUGCUCCAUGGAAUGGUAUCCCAGAGGAUCCUGUCACUGGGUCGGCCCACACCGUUCUAGGUAGCUACUGGUCUAAGAAACUAGGAAAGAAGAAAAUGCUGGCUUACCAGUGCUCCAGUCGAGGCGGGGAGCUGGAACUGGAAGUGAGAGACGAUGGAAGAAUCAACAUAACUGGACAAACCGUCACUGUACUGCAGGGAACAAUCACACUGUAGUUACAGACACAUGCAAGCAGAGGGUUUGAGAUACCAAGACAGUCAACAUGCACCUGUCCAGAGAAGCAGACGAAUGCUUUGUACCAUUUAAUAAAAAUGAGAUGAAUUUAAAUAAAAAAAACAAAAUAGACAAGUGCAGACCGCUCAAUCUAAAUAUCAGAACAUCACUUAGCUAACCAACAAAAGAACGUCGCACAUUUUGUUAGAAUUUGUAUUAUUAUUUAUUCACAUAACACAACAACAAAAAUUACAAUAUAAAUAAAAAAAAACAAAUGCAACAACAAAACAUGUAAAUUCAGAGGUUGUGUUGGAGGUAAAUCGGAUCAGUGGUAGAAUCACAGUUAGCCUGUUGUUCGGUACGUUAUCUGUAACGCUCUGCUCACAUUAAGGAGGCAAAAAAAAAAAAGUAUCACUGCUUAAAUCAUCACAGUUCAUUAGUAUUAUAUUUCAAACAAAACCUCCUAGAGUUUUACCUGUUAUGGUACCAUGUAUUAUCCUCAGUCUCUGUAUAAGCUUACAAGUUCUGCCUUGCACAAAGGAAUGGAGACAAAUGACUUAAAUGCUUUAGUUGUUGCUGUUACUGAUAAUACAAUGCUAUAAAGUUAAUUUUUAAAAAGAGAAUUAAAUUAUUUAUCAACUAAUUUGUGGUUUCCAGGUCUUUGAAUAAGAUACAAUGAGCUACAACUAGACAUAUUAUAACGAAGUUCAAGUAUGUAUGAUGUCCUGCGAUCUAAACAAGAAGUCACGCACUGCACUGCAGCUGUCACCUCAUCCUUUACACAACAGCUACUUGAGUUUUAAGCUGCAGAACUAUGUUUGUGUUGUGAUAUUGUGAUUUAAGACUGCAUGUAAUUAUAAUGUUGUGAUGUAACUAAACUUUUUAGUCUGA